AUGGGCUCUCUACAUUUUACAAAAAUUGUGCAAGCAAGGGUUGAUAGUGUAAAAUUAGGUGGGAAACGCACUGUUAUGAUGUACGGGCCUACUAUUUCAGGAAAGAGCCAUAUCAUGUUUGGUUGCUCCGCCGAGCCUGAAAUCAUUUACAAGGCUUUGGACAACAUAUUAGGUGGAGAUGAACAAGAAGUCAAAACAGGUCUAUGUCUCUUGGAGAUAUAUAUUGAAGAGCAAGUAAUCCUCAUAAUGAACGCUCUUGUUGCCAGUAAACAAUUUGAACAAGAAAGCAUUUUGUGUUCCCUUGUUGCAGAUGCCCGUAUUCAAGUUUGUCCCAAGAAUACAGUGAAUUUCAAUGUGGAUAAGGUGCGAGUUGCCAAACUGUUUGGGGGAGGACUGCAUGAAUGCAGUGUGUUUCACGAUAUGGUACUGAAAACUGAUGCUUUGAGAAUAAUCAAGCAUGUGGAGAGAGUCAAGAUUGCAGUGUUUGGUAAAGGUGUGGACACAUCAACUCAGUGUACUAAGGGUACUGUCAUGAUUCAGAGUGAUAAACAGCUGCUAAGUUUUAUUGACUGUGACAUAGCUUGA